CACCGCCCACCUGUCCACUAUACACCCCGGCAUCACACGGUGUCUGUCGUUCGCGAUCCAUUUUUCUCUUCUCUUCUUCUUCUUCUUCGUUCUCCUCUUCGAAUGCACUAACAAUAUUUAUCAUUAAUUAUUAAUUAAUGGCAGCAAGUUCUGGAAACUCCAUUCCUGCUCCCGACGCGAUCCAGGUUUUGGUCUCCUCUCUCGCCGAUGAAUCCCCCAUGGUUAAGCAAGCGUCCAUGGCGUCUCUCAAAUCUCUCGCUCCACUGAAUCCACUUCUAGUUCUUGACUGUUGCUUAACCGUUUCUCGUGGCGGACGUCGGAGGUUUGGGAAUAUUGCUGGUGUAUUUCAAGUGAUGUCGAUUGCAAUCGGUGCCCUAGAAGAAGGGGAAGUGGACAAUGCUUAUAUGGAAAAACUUGCCAAACUUGCUACUGCUGAGAUCAUUUCAUCAAAGGAAAUAAAAGCUGAUUGGCAAAGAGCUGCUUCUUCUCUACUUGUUGCAAUCGGUUCUCAUUUACCGGACCUGAUGAUGGAAGAAUUAUUUCUUCACCUAUCUGCACAGAACUCAGCUCUACCAGCAAUGGUCCAAAUACUUGCAGACUUCGCUACUUCUGAUGCUCUUCAGUUUACCCCAAGACUUAAAGGUGUACUGUCCCGAGUUCUUCCCAUUCUUGGAAAUGUUAGAGAUCAGCAUCGACCGAUUUUUGCAAAUGCAUUCAAGUGUUGGUGUCAAGCCUGUUGGCAAUACAGUGUUGAGUUUCCUCUUUCGUCGAUUCUUGAUAGUGAUGUCACGUCAUUUCUAAACUCUGCCUUUGAGCUUUUAUUGCAAAAUUGGGCAACUUCACGUGAUCUCAAGGUCCGGACGUCUGCUGUUGAAGCGUUGGGUCAAUUGGUUGGUCUUGUCACUAGAACAUUGUUGAAGGCUUCUUUACCAAAAUUUGUUCCAACUAUAUUGGAAUUGUAUAAAAGAGACCAUAAUACUGCCUUUUUGGCUACAUGUAGCCUUCACAAUCUACUGAACGCAUCUUUACUCUCUGAAAAGGGCUCUCCUCUGCUCGAUUUUGAGGAUCUCACAGUUGUUUUGUCGACGCUUCUUCCAGUUGUUUGUAGUUAUACCGACAUCAAAGAGUGUACAUAUUUCUCAACAUAUAAUGAAGUUCAACAUUGCUUUCUCACCGUCGGGUUGGUGUAUCCUGAGGAAUUGUUUAUUUUUCUUGUAAAUAAAUCAAAGUUGAAAGAAGAUCAAAUGACUUUUGGUGCUCUCUGUGUUCUUAAACAUCUUUUGCCCAGGUUAUCUGAAGCUUGGCAUAAUAAAAGACCAGCACUCAUAGAAGCCAUUACGUUAUUAUUAGAGGAGCAAAAUCUAGGAGUUUGUAAAGCACUUGCAGAGCUAAUAGUCGUUAUGGCUUCCCAUUGUUACUUGGUUGGUCCUUCUGGUGAACUGUUUGUCGAAUAUCUUGUACGGCAUUGUGCCAUGUCAGAUCAAGAAAUAGAUGAGCUUGUGAUCUCAAAAGACUCAUUUAGACCUGCCAAUCUUUAUUAUUCAUUUCAGCAAAAGCGAGCAGAGGCAAAAAUUGGGUCUGUUCGGCCAACAGAGUUAAGGGCAAUAUGUGAAAAAGGUCUCCUUUUAAUAACCAUAACUAUUCCUGAAAUGGAGCAUGUUCUUUGGCCAUUCAUGUUGAAGAUGAUCAUACCUCGUUUAUACACUGGUGCAGUUGCCACGGUUUGCAGGUGUAUAUCAGAUAUGUGCAGGCAUAGAUCUAUUCAUAAUGAUAGGAUGAUUCGUGAAUGUAGAACACGUGUUGAUAUUCCACGCCCUGAGGAGCUUUUUGCACGUCUGGUGGUGCUCCUUCACAAUCCUCUUGCAAGGGAGCAACUCGCUACUCAAAUCUUGACGGUGCUGUGUUACUUGGCGUCUUUAUUUCCGAAAAACAUAAACUUGUUUUGGCAAGAUGAGAUUCCAAAAAUGAAAGCAUAUGUCAGCGACACAGAAGACCUUAAACAAGACCUUUCUUAUCAAGAGACAUGGGAUGAUAUGAUUAUCAAUUUUCUGGCUGAAACAUUGGACGUUGUCCAAGACACCGAUUGGGUAAUUUCUUUAGGAAAUGCGUUUGCAAAACAGUAUGAACUUUAUACAACUGAUGAUGAGCAUUCUGCACUACUUCACAGAUGUCUUGGUAUACUUCUUCAGAAAGUCGAUAACAGGACUUAUGUUCGUGAUAAGAUCGACUGGAUGUACAAGCAAGCAAAUAUUACCAUUCCUGAAAAUCGGCUUGGUUUGGCAAAAGCCAUGGGGUUGGUUGCAGCAUCACACUUGGAUACUGUUUUGGAUAAACUUAAAGAGAUUCUUGACAAUGUCGGGGAAAGUAUUUUUCAGAGAUUUCUAUCCUUCUUCUCGGAUAAAAGUAAGAUGCAAGAUUCAGAUGAUAUUCACGCUGCACUGGCUCUAAUGUAUGGAUAUGCUGCAAGAUACGCUCCGUCAACUGUAAUUGAAGCCAGAAUAGAUGCACUUGUGGGAACUAACAUGCUGUCUCAUCUUCUAAAUGUACGUCACCCUAGUGCGAAGCAAGCUGUUAUCACCGCCAUUGACUUAUUAGGACUUGCUGUCAUAAAUGCUGCUGAAAGUGGUAUAUCAUUCCCAUUGAAAAAAAGAGACCUGUUGCUUGACUACAUAUUAACUCUAAUGCGCCGACAUGAUGAAGAAGGUUUUUCUGAUUUGAGUGUUGAACUAUUACGCACACAGGCCCUUGCUUUAAGUGCUUGCACUACUUUAGUAUCUGUGGAUCCAAAGUUGACAACUGAAAUGCGCAACAUUGUCAUGAAGGCUACCUUAGGUUUUUUUGCUUUGCCAAACGAACCUGCUGAUGCUGUCAAUCCUCUUAUUCACAACCUUAUCACUCUUUUGUGUGCAAUUCUUCUCACGAGCGGUGAGGAUGGAAGAAGCCGUGCCGAGCAGUUAUUGCAUAUCUUAAAACAGAUUGAUCAAUACGUUUCUUCGCCACUUGACUAUCAGAGGAAACGAGGGUGCCUUGCAGUUUAUGAGAUGCUGCUGAAAUUUCGGGCCCUUUGCGUCACGGGUUACUGCACUCUUGGUUGUCAGGGAAGCUGCACGCACAUCAAACAAGUCGAUCGCACCUCACGGUUUAAUGUUGCAAAUCUACCAUCUGCAUUUCUUUUGCCAAGUCGAGAUGCCCUACAUUUGGGUGAUAGAGUCAUCGCGUACCUUCCACGUUGCGCAGACUCAAAUUCUGAAGUCAGAAAACUUUCUGCGCAGAUAUUAGACCAGUUUUUUGAUAUAUCUCUGUCUCUUCCGAGGCCUGCAGCUUCAAAUUCUAGCACACCUAUUGAAUCUUCGUAUGCUGCUUUGUCAUCCCUUGAGGAUGUUAUAGCCAUACUAAGAAGAGACACAUCUAUUGAUCCUUCUGAAGUAUUUAACCGUGUCAUUUCAUCUGUUUGUAUAUUGCUGACAAAAGAUGAGCUGGUAGCUACACUUUGUGGUUGUUCUGUAGCUAUAUCUGAUAAGAUUAAGCCAUCAGCAGAAGGUGGUAUACAAGCAGUCAUUGAGUUUGUUACUAGAAGGGGAAACGAGCUGAACGAGACUGAUAUAUCAAGAACGGCACAGUCUUUGCUUUCUGCUGCAGUUCACGUGACCGAGAAAUACUUACGCCAUGAAACACUUGUUGCUAUUUCUUCUCUAGCUGAAAAUACCAGCCCGAGAGUUGUUUUCAAUGAAGUAUUGACUGCUGCAGCAAGAGAUAUUGUCACUAAGGAUAUACUUAGAAUGCCAGGUGGUUGGCCAAUGCAGGAUGCAUUUUAUGUUUUUUCUCAGCACAACGAGCUUUCAUCGUCAUUUCUAGAACACUUGAUAUCUACUCUCAGCCACACUCAUGUACAUAAAAGCGACACAGGAAAAGGAGACCACACGGGGGAUUCUGGUGGGGCCCGUGCGGAGAAUGAGAUCCUGCAAGCUGCUAUUGUUGCUCUGACUGCCUUCUUCAGAGGAGGUGGUAAAAUUGGUAAGAGAGCAGUUGAACAAAAUUAUGCGUCGGUUACUGCGAUACUUAUUCUUCAUUUAGGAAGCUGUCACAGUCAAUCUAUUUCCGGACAGUAUGAGCAACUACGUACGCUUCUUAUAGCAUUUCAGGCAUUCUGUGAAUGUGUUGGAGACCUUGAAAUGGGAAAGAUUUUGGCUAGAGAUGGAGAACACAAUGUUGACGAAAAGUGGAUCAAUCUUAUUGGUGACUUAGCUGGUUCUAUUUCCAUAAAAAGACCUAAAGAGGUUUCAGCAAUAUCAGUUAUUUUAAGUAAAUACUUGAAUCAGCCUGUGAGAUUCCAAAGAGAAGCCGCCGCCGCCGCAUUGUCUGAGUUCGUACGUCACAUCAAUGAAGGAUCUGGUUCGGUAUCGGAGGAAAUAGUUGAAGCAUUGUGUCGACACGUGUCAGAUGAUUCUCCUAUGGUCAGGCGUCUUUGUCUACGUGGACUAGUGCAGAUACCACCUAUGCAUAUUACUACAUACACAAAAGAAAUUCUUGGUGUAAUAUUGGCCUUGCUCGAUGACUCAGAUGAUUCCGUUCAAUUGACUGCAGUCUUAUGCUUGCUUUCGAUUCUUGAGCUAGCACCAAACGGUGUGGAGCAUGUUCUCCUUAAUUUGUGUGUCCGCCUUCGCAAUCUCCAGCUCUCCAUGGACCCGAAGAUGAGAGCAAAUGCUUUUGCCGCAUUUGGAGCGUUAAGUCACUACGGUUCUGGCCUACGUGACUCUUUUCUUGAGCAGGUACAUGCUGUUUUGCCACGUUUGGUUCUACAUCUUCUUGAUGAUGAAUAUUCUGUCCGACAAGCUUGCCGGAAUACGAUCAAACAGGUUGCUCCCCUCAUGGAAAUUGAGGAUUUGAUCCCCCUCCUUAACACAAACCGUUUUAUAUCUGAUCACAGGAGUGACUAUCAAGAUUUUCUAAGAGAUCUUGCAAGGCAGUUUAUUCAGCAUCUGGCUUCCAGAGUUGAUACAUACAUGGCAUCAAUAAUACAGGCUUUUGAUGCUCCUUGGCCCGCCAUCCAGGCAAAUGCCAUUUAUUUGUCUAGCAGCAUGCUUGCUUUAACAGAUGAUCAGCACAUUUCAGCGUCUUAUUAUCAUCAUCAGGUUUUCGGGUUGUUGGUGAGCAAAGGAAGCCGUUCUACAGAUGCAAUAGUGAGAGCAACUUGUUCUUCAGCCUUAGGCAUGCUAUUGAAGUCUACGAAUUUGGUUUCAUGGAGAGCUGAUCGGCUCGAUCAUUCGGACUCUGGCAGAAGCAGUAUCGAUUCAUAAUCUAUAGUAGCAGGAGGUAACAUGAUUUCUGUAAAUGUUAAAUCAGUUUUGAAAUGAUUCAUUACUCCGUAAUGAAUCAUGGAUUGGCCGGCCCUUUGUGUUUGUAUGCGUAGUGUGUUUUGGCAUGUAAAGUUGUUACCCUAUGAAUGAGUAUUGUAAAGCUUAGUUUUGUUGUGGGUGCAUAGGUAUACCUGAGAAAGCAGAAAGGGUUUGAAGUUCUAGCUUUGUAUAGUUGUGUUUUAGAAUUUGUGUUGUAAUUUUGUAGAUUAAAAUCGAGUUGGACAACCAAACUUCUAUGGUGUUAUGAAAUUGCGGUUACAAGCGCCAA